AGAAAAAAACCGAAGAGCAGGCAAGAUGGCGGCGCCCGUGGAUCUGGAGCUGAAGAAGGCUUUUACAGAACUUCAAGCCAAGGUCAUUGAUACCCAGCAAAAAGUGAAACUGGCAGAUCUGCAAAUAGAGCAACUGAACAGGACGAAAAAGCACGCACAUCUUACUGAUACAGAGAUUAUGACUUUGGCUGAUGAAACCCGAAUGUAUGAAGGUGUAGGAAGAAUGUUUAUCCUUCAGUCCAAAGGAGUAAUUCAUAGCCAACUCUUAGACAAACAAAAAAUAGCAGAAGAGAAAAUUAAGGAAUUAGAGCAGAGAAAGUCGUACCUGGAGCGGAGUGUGAAGGAAGCUGAAGAUAACAUCCGGGAAAUGCUGAUGGCUAGAAGAGCACAUUGAGGGUUCCAGCCCCACCACUGCCUGCCCCUUACCUUUGGACUGAACAGUUGGAAGCCAAGCAUGUUUGAAACCUUGCAAUAUAGAACUACCUGUUGAAGACACAAGGAGCUUGAGUUAUGUCAUGUCAAACCCGCCCUGUAUUUUGGUGUACCAGUAAAUCCUUUCUGUGUUAUAUAA